UCUCUCUCUCUCUCUCUCUCUUUCUCUCUCUUAAAUCAUAAAAGCUUUUCCCUCCAUCCAUGUCUGCCUCUGAGAUCCCGAGGAGGAGAGGCUUCUUCAAUCUUCAAAUCCCAUCAUCUCCUGAAAAACGAACCCAUGUUUCCGUUUUUCAGUUAUUCUCUCUCUCUCUUCGUCUCCUUCCUCACCUUCUUCUCUCUCUCCCUUCUCCUUCUUUCCUCCCCUUGUUUUCCCGCCAGACUCUCACCGGGAACGUUAACGUUUAACUCAGCAACCGUUUUAUCUGUCAACGACAUUAACGGCAUCAACGACAUCAACGCCACAUGGCAUCACUUCGAGCGAUUCCUCGACACUGCCAGAGGCAGCCACGUCAGCGGCCUGUCGGAGCUGAAGAAGUACUUCCACGGGUUCGGUUAUCUAGUCGUACCCGAUACAAAUUUCACCGAGACGUUUGACAACCGAUUCGAAUCGGCAGUGAUUCAUUACCAAUCAAAACUCGGUCUCCCUGUUACCGGUAAGCUCAACUCCGAUACGCUCUCGCAAAUCAUGUUACCUAGGUGUGGCAUGAGCGAUACACACGUGAUACAUACGACAAGGCACUUCGCGUACUUCCCGGGUGAACCGAGAUGGACUCGGUUAACUCCGAUAAGCCUUAGUUACGCGUUCUCACCCGAUAAUAUGAUCCGAUACUUGAGCUUAUCGGAUAUACGAGCGGUUUUUGAACGGGCUUUUACACGGUGGGCUGCUGUUAUACCAGUGAGUUUCUAUGAGACGGAAUAUUACGACACGGCUGAUAUCAAGAUUGGGUUUUAUAGUGGGGAUCAUGGAGAUGGACAGCCGUUCGAUGGGAUUCUUGGGGUUCUCGCACAUGCCUUUUCGCCUGAGAGUGGGAUGUUCCACAUAGAUGCAGCGGAGAGGUGGGCCGUUGAUUUUGGAACGGAAAAAUCAAAGGUGGCCGUUGAUUUGGAAUCGGUUGUGACACAUGAGAUUGGACACGUGUUAGGGCUGGGCCACUCGUCAGUUAAAGAGGCGAUUAUGUAUCCUAGUUUGAUCCCAAGGACUAAGAAGGUAGAGUUGAAGGUUGAUGACGUGGAGGGGGUACAAGCCCUGUAUGGGUCAAACCCGAAUUUCAGGAUCAGUUCUUUGUUGGCUUCUGAAACAUCCAUAAAUCAAGCCGUUGGUUCAAGAACUCGGACCUCAAAGUGGCCCACUACUCUCUUACUCUUGAUAUUGUGUUUCUGUAUAUAACUUCUUAAAUUAUUUUUCCUUAAUUUUUUUUCAU